AUGAGGCUGACUAAGACUAUUUUUGAGAGGACUUGCCGUUCCAUGUUGAGUCAGUCACCCAACAGACGUAACCGUUUGUAUUUGAAAGCACACUAUUUGGAAGAGGGUCUUGCAGAGGUUGUGGAAAGCAGAAGAAUCGACCCAAUGGAUAACCUACAACACCGUUGCAAGGUAUUAAGGGAGGAAUUUGACUGGAGUAAAGAUCUUGCUAGAAUAAUUUGGUUAUUUGGUCUAGAAGUUGUUGGUCCCAACAUCUUGAUUGAUGCUUGCAAAGGAGGUCAUAUGAAUGAGAUUAAAGAGAUUGUAAUUUGUGCUUUCAAGUUAAUGUCAGCCAAAGGGAAAAGAAACACCCUGCCUUUUGAGGAAGAAAAGUUCAUUGCACAAGGAUAA